AUGAAGAUGUCCUUUGUGAAUGUUUUCCUGCUCUGCUCUUUAUGUGCAGCACAGUUAAGUGAAGUCUCUCAGCCUGAACCUUUGAAAACAGUGAAGAUUGGCCACUCAGCUACUAUUAAAUGCUUCAUAAAGAGCGCAUCAGUGAAAAGAAUGUGGUACAAGGUGACUACAGGGAGGAAACUACAGCUGGUGGUAAAAACUAAUUCUCAGUAUAAUGUGAGAGAGUUCAGUGAUGAAUUUGUUAACCGUUCUUCAGUUAAAUCUGACAUGACUAACAAUCAUCUGACCAUAAAUAAAACAUCAUGGGAAGAUGCUGGAACAUACUUCUGUGGAGUCUUACACAUAAGUGAGGUUCAGUUUGGGUCAGGAACAUUUCUGAUGUUGACAGGUGCAAAGACAAUCAGCGACUCUGUCGUCCAGCAGCCAGAAUCAAAGUCAGUGAGGUCCGGAGACUCUGUGACUCUCAGCUGUUCUCUUCACUCUGCUCAAUGCACAGCAGAACUCACUAGUUUCAUGUGGCUUAAAAACUCGGAUCAUUCUGCUCCAGAGAUGAUUUAUUGCUCUGACAAUAAGAAGAACAGUUUCCAGGGAACUGACAGAGGACGAACUACCUGCGUGUACAACUUUGUCGUAAGGAGCCGGGAUGACGCUGGGGUCUACUACUGUGCUGUCAAUGCAUGUGGACAAAUACUGCUUGGAAAUGGGACAAGAAUCAAUAAUGGUAAGACACUAGCAGUGCAUUUUUAA